AUGGCUGCAACUACGCGCGCGAGAACUGGCAACUCCAAGCCCCGUCUCGUCCAGCAGAUUGAAAACGCAGUCGCGCCCACAAAACGAAGCACGACUACCAAAGCCAACACGUCGAAGCCCCGCACCAGCAAAGUGGCUUCUGGUCGCGUUACCAAGCCCAAGGCUACUACUACCACGACUACCACUAAGAAGACUACUACGACCAAAAAGCCUGCUGCCGCACCAAAGAAGACUACUGGCGCGAAUGUGAAGACUGUGAAGAAGCCGAGGACCAAGACGGAGAAGGUUGUGGAUAAGAUUGUGGGAAAGGCAGAGAACAUUGUUGGUGAUAUCGAAGGCAAGCCAGGAAAAAAGGCCGCAGGUACCGCCAAAGCACGAGGCACAGACUCGACCACCAAGCGUGCCGCACCACGAACUCGAGGCGUCAGGGUCUAA